AUGGACAUGCCUCAUGAUCAAAAUAUGCCUAUGAUUAUGAACAUGGUGAUGCAAAUGAAUUUCUAUUGGGGUAAAGAUGUGACAAUAUUAAUCAAAGGAUGGCCAAACAAUAACCUAGGCAUGUACAUAUUGUCUUUGUUUUUUGUUUUCUUUAUGGCAUUUCGUGUUGAAACUAUGUCAAUGGGUCCAAUAAUGAUCAACAAAAGGCCCAUUGGGAUUAUUCAACCUGGGAUUUAUUAUACUCUUCGAAUGGUUCUUGUUUAUUUUGUUAUGCUUGCUGUUAUGUCCUUCAACAUUGGGAUUUUCAUUGUUGCUAUUUUAGGCCAUGGUUUGGGCUAUGUCGUUGUUAAAUACCGUGAACUUGUCGCGGCUGAGAUGACCACGGAUUCAAAUGGUACUGAUCCUCAAGUUUAA